GCGGAAUUUACCAGUUACAAUAGAAAGGUGGAUACGGCAGAUUAUGCAGUCGAGCACGAACACUGAGCGACCGUGGUCGGCGUGGCACGGGUGGGAGCGACACCAACUGGACCGCUUCGGACGGCGGCGCGUGCGCCUCUCGCUGCAGGAUCUCGCCGACCUCCGCGACCUGCGCAGUCUCAAGAUCGACUGGCGCCUGUCGCGGCCUGCGAUCACCGUCUACACACCUAACCAGAUACGACACUUAAUCAGGCUGGACAACUCCCUGUCCGCCCGGCCGGCGGCGGCGGAGGCGGGGCCGUACCCCACGGUCCCCGCGGCGUGGGUCCGCGGCCUCCCGCGCGAGCUGCAGGAGAACGGCGGCCCGUGGCGCCUGCCCGACUUGCGGUCGUUCCACGUGGCCGUGCCGCGGCCGUCGGCGCCGGCGCCCGAGGCGGGCUGGUGGGAGGCGGCGGCGCGCACGCUGCCCGUGGGCGCCGUGCUGCUGGCGCUGCUGGUGCUGCUGGCGCGCGGCGCCGAGAAGUGCCUCGAGAAGCGCUUCUUCAAGCUGACGCGCCGGCGAUCGGAGGAGUGGCCGACGCCGAACGUGCUCGCGACCGACCUGCGACACAGACGAGACCUGGAGCUGCCACCGCCUCUCGACGACGCCUUCCCGCCAGAGUCCGGUCGGCCUCCGCCGCUGGAUCCCGACCCUCCCCCGCCGUACUCCGAAUGCGCACGAACACGAGACACGAUAGAGGAGCCGCCCCCGCCGUACUCCGCUUGCUACGUCACCUACUCCAAUCCGAAAGAUGGAAUCCCUUCGGUACAUUUUUUUAACAGCCGUCGUCAACGACUGUUCAGUUCCGCGGCGGCCGCGGGCCAAUCCGGCGCCGUCAUCGACACGGGGCAACCGGCACCUAGCACUUCUGCCGGUCACUCGCCAGGUUGUGAAGAGAACGAAGCCAACGCAAACGAAAGACGACUGGUAUUCGAAAACGGGAGAAUAGUGGAUGGAGAUUCCGAGAACGAGGCUGUCGCUGCCGUCGCGUUGAGUGAUAAUAACGUGGAGAGUGACCACGUGGUUGAAGUGAAUGCGAUCGAAGACAUGCCUCGGCGCAGUGCUCUCGUAGCUUAGAAUAGGGUCCUUAAUCGCGUACACAAGUUGUGAAUUUUCUUAGAUUGCCGAUCUCCGCUAAGAACAUGCCGUGGACGUGAGGAGUUAAGCGAUUACAGAUCUUUGAUAUUAUUAUCUAUUAGACGUAGACUUUAGACAUCCACUUUUAUGUUAUUAUUUUUAUACCCUAGGUUUCGUAGGCGCUGUGAAUAUUUCAUAAACUGCAUUGUAAUCUUUGGAAUAGGUACAAUACGCUCGGUCUUUUACACCCAAGUUCCCCGAUUAACUCGACCGUAGCAGCACUAAAACAGAAAGAUCUGACAGUCCAACUCGUAGGAAUUAGAUUUCGUUUCACAAAUUUUUGAAAAAAGUAUUCAACAUUAAAG